AUGAUGUGUUUUGGGGUGACUCCUCGCCGUGUGACGGCACGUUGGAAAACACCGAGAGAAACGCCGGCACCGUGCCAGCUGCCGAGCUCCCAUCCUGCCCACACCACUUGAUGCGGAGGCUUCUCCGAUGCUCCUUGCUGGCACGAUGGAUGAGCCGCCGUGGCACGAUGGGAGAGGCGAUUUUGCUGGCAGUCCCUGGCCACCAACCCUCCAGAGUGCCGGCACGGUGUUUUUUUCCGAGUGACACAGCACAAUCGGCGAGGGAUGGAGAAAGCUGUCCCUAAUUUCUCAGAGCGCCAAGGAGAUGGAGGCAGAGCCCUGUUAAUGACACCGGAGCCAAACAAAGAGACUUUUCCUGCCCUUGAGUGCCCCCAAGGCGAAGAACGAAGAGCCGCGUUCCUUCAAGAUGCAAAAAAGCCCCUGGAGAACCCAGCUUUAUCUGGGACGUCGGUGGAAACGGAGACGGAGCUUGAAGAAGAUGCUUUCUAUGCCGCGGAUGAUCUGGCAACGAUGAGCAGGGAGGGGAAGGGACCCUCCAGUGCCGAGCUGCGCCCAUUGCAGGAGGACCCCGACUUCUUCUCGUCGCUCUCCCGUCAGGAACCUGACGUUGCCCUGGAAGCACACGACGUGGCCGAUGAGCCUGAUCCUGCCCUCUCCGGUGCCGUCCCAGCCACAGCUCACAGGACCGAACUCGGCUCCACGAAUGAAGAGCAUUUGGAGUUCAAGAAGGUUUUGUACAGAACGGAUGCCAGGAGCUCCCUAGACCUGCGAAACAUGACCGUGUCUGGCAGCAUGACCUGGGACACCUCCGCUCUGGAGACGAGAGCAGGCGAUGAGAGAGAAGAAAGCACUUUAGAGAGACUCUCUGGCUUGAAGGACUCGAAGGACGCGCGGUGCGUCAAGGAGUCGGCAUUUGCCGUGGAGCCCCAGGUUGUAAAUACAGUGCAGGUGGAUCCUGAGCAACUGGAGAGCGACUCCGAGGACCUGGAUGGCGGCAAGGCGCCAGCAGAGACGCCCAGCCCUUGUGCAGGGGCAUCGGUUGGCGGCGGGGAAGAGAAAUAUCUUAAAAAUGAACCAAAGCAACUUGAAGGCCUCAGCAAAGAGCACUUAGAUAAAAGCAAGAGGGGAAUCCAGAGGGUCGACUGGAUUUCUAGACCCAACAAAAGCCCAAGUCCUCACUACAAAGACAUAAGCAAGCCAACAGAUGUAGCAACCAACUUGCCCUUUCGGGGACAGGCCGUGCGUGAAGUGCCUCCUCCGCUGACUCCGACGGUGUUCAGAAAAACGCUAAACCCUGUCCUCGGCAAGUCCAAAUCCCUGGAGAGCUCCUCGUCCCACAGGAAGGGGCUGAUGGUUGACUCGGACUUGGGUGAGAUCAACCCGCUCAACGCGGCCGAGUGGACAAUCCAGAAGCCGGGUCUUCAGCUCGGCGCAGACCUAGGUGUUGCCAAACAGUCCUGGACGGUAAAUGCCGAAGACUCGGUGGAGCGGAUCCCCUUGAUGUCUCUGGAGCCUGCUCCCUGCAGCUCCUAUGACAUCGAGAUGAGGCCCUACGUGUGCAGCGUCUUGUUGGAGGAGCAGGGGAAAGAGGAGCUGGGUCCGGAGGAGGACCCAACGGUGUACACCUGCAUCGAGUGCAGCAUUUACUUCAAGAAGAAGGAACAUUUGAUGGAUCAUAUGCUUCAGCAUAAUCGUGGACCAGGGAGGGACCAAGACAGAGAUGCUUUGGGAGGGCAGUGUCAAUUCUGCUGCAACGAGUGCGGAUGGGCCUUUGGAGACCCCACGUCUUUGGAGCAGCACAAAAGGCUCCACCAAGAGUCUAGGGAAAAAAUUAUCGAAGAGAUCCAGAAGUUGAACGAGUUUCCAGACGAAGGUCGGGAAGCCCGGCUGCAGUGCCCCAAGUGCGUCUUUGGCACAAACUCCUCCAAGAUCUUUGUCCAGCACGCCAAGAUGCACGUCAAGGAGAGGAAGGACCAAGGGGCAAAGAACAUGAACCUCUUUGGAAGCGCGGGCAGUGGAGAAAUCCGGGAUAGCCCCGUGCAUGGCAUCUACAAACACUUCAAACCAAAUGAACACAUGUCCCUGCAGGUGCAGGUACCACCUCAUGGCAGCGGCAAAGGGCUCAGCACCUGUAUGCUCUGCAGCUUCCCGGCCCCCAAUGAGAACAUCCUCAAGGAGCACAUGAAAUACGCCCAUUCCCACCUCUCCUGGGACACGGAGGUCUAUGAGGAUGACCCAAAUCAACCAGGAACUAGCAGAGAUGCCUACAGCCCAGCCAGGCCAGGCCGGUUUGCAGAGACUGAUUAUUUCGGCAAAGCAGACCGGCUCUUCCCUCCACCUCACCGAGAAAGCACAUCGCAUUACGAAGCAGUCCACGGUUUUGCCCUAACUCAUCCAAGACUUGACAAAAGCAACGGGGCUAGCAAAAAGGACUACCAGACAUCAGGGUUUCAUGCCAGGAAAGCAGCUCCGUAUUCUGCCCCGCAUAAAAACCUGGGGUUGUCGGGUUUUCCCUCCACUAAAGCUUAUUCCCAGUUUGCUCUGCAGCAGCUGAAAAAAAAAGCAGCAGGUCAGCACCUUGAAGGGGAAGGCGACGGUCUCAGGAGCCACCCAAUGGGGCUGGAAGAGCUCAGGCACAAGUGGAUAUUGGCCAACGACGCUGGGAGCGUGGAAGAGGAGAUCUCCGUAAGCACAGAAAUAGAUUUGAGCGAGAACAGAGGCAUCAAGCCCGUCACCAUCCCUCAAGCUGCCUUGGAUCUCAAGAGGACGUUCAGAGACACCUUGAAAGCCACGGACUCUUCGAUAGCUUCGGAGGAGCAGCAGCAGCAGUUGCGGAAGAUGGUCCCCAUCGUCCUCCUGGAGGAGGUGAACCUGCACCCCAAGGCGAUGAAGCGGCCUCGGGGGAAGCCAUUCAAGAAGAAAACCAUGCUCCCUUCCCGGGAAUUCAUGAUGGAAGAGCCCCUUCCCUUGGAUAUGCUCCUACUGGAUUCUCCUCUGGAGGGUUCUCUGGAGCUUGAUGACCUCUUGGACUCCGACUCGCCCAUGUUGAAGAACGAGGAGAGGAAAUGUCCCUAUUGCCCCGACAGGUUUCACAACGGGAUCGGGCUGGCGAACCACGUGCGGGGCCACCUCAACAGGGUGGGGGUGAGCUACAACGUCCGUCAUUUCAUCUCGGCGGAAGAAGUGAAAGCUAUUGAGCAAAAAUUUUCCUUCCAAAAGAAGAAGAAAAAAGGUAUUGCAAACUUUGACCCGAGUACUUUCAGCCUGAUGCGCUGCGAAUUCUGCGGGGCCGGUUUCGACACGCGAGCGGGUCUUUCCAGCCACGCCCGAGCCCACCUGAGAGACUUUGGUAUUACCAACUGGGAACUCACCAUCUCGCCCAUUAACAUCCUCAAGGAGCUGUUGGCCAACUCCUCGGAGCAUCCGAUGCUGCAAGCGGCGAUGGGAGCGGAACCCUCGUCCCCGAGCCGAGAGAGGGAAGCUCACGGCUUUGUGCCCCGCAAGAGCAUGACCCCCAUGUCCGAGUGCAGCAUUCCACGGUCUCCUCUGUCCCCGUUCCCCCCAUCCUGGGGAGACGAGUCCCUGCAGUCCUACAGAGAUGUCCUGGCUCCGGAAGAGGAAGAACUGGUGGCCAUGGAGGUGGGUUCACCCCCUCUGCCGAAAAAAAGUGCUCCUGCCGGGCAGCUGGAUCAACCCCCCACCAGGAUAGGGACCAAACUGUCUCCUGAGCCGCCCGGGAGCAAACCAGAGCCUCAGGACUCCAAAAAGUGGCUGGGGGCUGCUCAGAGCAGCGGGGCUCCCAUCGAUUUGCUUUACGAACUGAUGAAACAAAAAGGCAAACCCGACGGCAGCCCCAUGUCUCCCACCCUUGGCAAAAAAUCCGGUUCCCCCAAAGAUGCCACCACCGGCUCCCCUCGACCCACGCUCCUGGCCCUCGGCAAGGCCGGCGAUCGCCUGCCGGAUGGUCCUGUUAAUAAAGCUAUCAAAUCCCCUCCCGGCUUCUCCAAAAACCUCUCCCAACCAGGAUCCCCCAUCCUUAAGAAGGUGCCGCCCGCUCUUUCGGGGUCCCCAUCUCCGAAAAACCCCGAGGAGAAGAGCUCCAAGCUCUCGCUGAGCCCUCUGCAGAGCUCCCCAAAAGCACAGUGGCCGCAGGCGGAUGAGGAAGGACCCCUCAAUUUAACCUCGGGGUCGGAGCCGGUGCGAGAUAUCCGCUGCGAAUUCUGCGGCGAAUACUUCGAGAACCGCAAGGGGCUGUCGAGCCACGCUCGAUCCCACCUCCGACAGAUGGGGGUGACCGAGUGGUACGUCGGGUCGGAGCCGGUGCGAGAUAUCCGCUGCGAAUUCUGCGGCGAAUACUUCGAGAACCGCAAGGGGCUGUCGAGCCACGCUCGAUCCCACCUCCGACAGAUGGGGGUGACCGAGUGGUACGUCAACGGUUCGCCCAUCGAUACCCUACGGGAGAUCCUCAAACGGAGAACCCAACCGCGGAGCAGCGCCUCUAAUCCUGCCGGUCCCGGGCAAAAAGCCAUGGCCAAGACCCUCUUGGGCAGCAUAGGAUCCUUGGAGCCGCGAGGUCCCGGAGAGAUUCACAUCCCUACCCUCACCAAGAAGGUCCAGCAACCUGGCAGCCCCAUGGGGCAAUCUCCUACCUCGUCCCCACCUCCCACCGCCCGGAAGAUGUUUCCAGGCCUUUCUCCUCCCUCCUUGCAGAAGAAACUCAAACAAGAUCAACUGAGGGUGGAAAUCAAACGGGAGAUGAUGUCGGGAGGACUUCACGGAGAACCUCACCCAUCCGACCGAGCCUGGUCCCCGCGGGAGGAGAUGUCACCCUUGAAUCUCUCCUCCCGAGCCGACCCGGUGCGAGACAUCCGCUGCGAGUUUUGUGGCGAAUAUUUCGAAAACCGCAAAGGUUUGUCCAGCCACGCUCGAUCUCACCUCCGACAGAUGGGGGUGACCGAGUGGUCGGUCAACGGUUCGCCCAUCGAUACCCUACGGGAGAUCCUGAAGAAGAAAUCCAAACCCUGCGUUAUCAAGAAGGAACCGCACACCUCCAGCAUCGAACCCCCUAAAUCUAUCGGGGAGGAAGGGACGGACCCCAAAACUGCCGGAAAAAUCCUGCAGGGCAUGGCUCUGCCUUCCCUGGGCGGGCGGACGGGGAAACCCAGCCCCGGCAGUUCCACCUUGAACCGGGAGAUCUCCUUGUCGCCCCUCACCAGCAAAAGCCAGGGCGGUUUCCUGACGCCGUUGUCGGCCAAACGACCGUUACAGGACGAUCGGUUGGGUCCUCACGUCGAAGUCAAGCACAAGGCGUACAUCCAGACCGAGCUGCCCUUCAAAACCAAGCCCGUGCACGACAAACCCGCGCACACGUGUGAGUGGGGGGGCCACGGGGAGGAGCGUGGUGAUGCCUUGGCAAGCGCUGACGCCGUGUCCCUCCGUAGGUUCUGCGAGGUGGAAUUCCAAGGUCCCCUUUCCAUCCAGGAGGAAUGGGUACGGCAUCUCCAGCGACACAUCCUGGAAAUGAAUUUCUCCAAAGCGGAUCCUUUACGGGGCGAAGAUCCCCCCCCACCCGAACCCCCCACCCUCGCCGAGGCUCAGUAACAGGGAAGCGACCGCGGAUGGCGCCGGAACAUCCUCACCCCCUGCCCCCCCCCCUCCCCCA